AACCCCAUCCAUUUUCGUUUCUUUACUCUCUUCUUCUUCUUCUUCCUUAUCUACCCCGAUGGCCAACGACACUACUGCCACUACUGCCACUCCUACUGUGAACGGCGAACAAACCGUACGUCGCUCUUCCUUCAGCCAGCCCAAGGCCAAGGUCCUCCGCCCCUUUGACACGGCUGAAGUCAAAAUCCUUCUAUUGGAAAAUGUCAACGAAACUGCUGUAAAGGCUUUCCGGAAACAAGGUUACCAGGUGGAAACUUAUUCCAAGGCUUUGGUGGGCGAUGAGCUUAUUCAAAAGAUCCGCGAUGUCCACGUCAUUGGCAUUCGUUCCAAGACCAAGCUGACCAAGGCCGUUCUAGACGAGGCACACAACUUGUUGGCCAUUGGCUGUUUCUGUAUCGGUACCAACCAGGUAGACCUGCAGACUGCUGCCAAGAAGGGCAUCUCUGUAUUCAACUCGCCCUUCAGCAACUCGCGCUCUGUGGCCGAACUGGUCAUAGGCGAGAUCAUCACACUGGCACGUCAACUGGGCGACCGCAACUUGGAGAUGCACCAGGGUGUGUGGAACAAGGUCUCGAAGAACUGCUUUGAGAUCCGUGGCAAGGUCCUCGGCAUUGUUGGCUAUGGUCACAUUGGUGCACAACUGUCUGUGCUGGCUGAGUCGAUGGGUAUGACUGUGUACUUUUACGAUGUGCUGCAGAUCAUGCCUUUGGGCACUGCCAAGCAGGUGGAUACUCUGGAGAAGCUCCUUUCGAUCUCUGACUUUGUGUCGCUGCACGUGCCCGAGCUGGAGGAAACCAAGAACAUGAUCGGCGAGCGGGAAAUCAUGGGCUACAUGAAGAAGGGCUCGUACUUGCUCAACAAUGCACGCGGCACCGUCGUCCACCUGCCCGCAUUGGCCAAGGCUUUGCAGGCAGGCCACUUGGCCGGCGCCGCCGUCGACGUGUACCCCAAGGAACCUGCUGGCAACGGUCCCCACUUCACCGACUACCCCGAACUCUUGAAAUCACCAAACUUGAUCUUGACUCCGCACAUCGGUGGCUCGACCGAGGAAGCUCAACGCAUGAUCGGUGUCGAGGUCUCAUCCGCCUUGAUCAAGUUUAUUAACGAAGGUGGCUCCAUUGGCGCCGUCAACUUCCCGGAGAUCGACUUGCGUGCCAUCAGCGAAGGCGAAAACGCCGUCCGUGUCUUGUAUAUUCACCAGAACAUCCCUGGUGUCCUCAGAGAGAUCAACGAGAUCUUUGGCAACCACAACGUCGAGAAGCAGUAUUCGGAUUCCAAGGGCGAUAUUGCCUAUGUCAUGGCUGAUAUCGCUGGUGUCUCACAGGAGAACCUCGAGCAGUUGUAUCAUGCCAUCACCUCAACCCGUGCAAACAUCAAGACCCGCAUGCUGUACUAAGUAACCCCUUUGUUUUCUUCCAUACAACAUCCAUUCCUACUGAAAAAGCCACAAUUUUAUCCUCAUCGUCGUAAUACUACCACUCACCCACGCAUCCACAAAAAGUUAGCAAUAGCCGGCCUCCCCUCUUCGUCUCUAUUCUAUGUCAUAUUCAACAUUCGCGCAUUUCCCGUUAGUAGCAUCCGCAUAUCUUUUUAUAUAUUCUUUUCAAAAAGUUUCCUUUUAGCACUGUAGUUAUUCUUAUAAACCUUUCUUCA